GAGAGCCGGGGCUGGCAGCGUGGCGUCUUCAGGGAAGCCAUGGCGUCGCUGAACUCUAAAACUGUGGUCUGCGUCAUCUGUUUGGAGAAGCCGAAAUACCGCUGCCCGCUUUGCCGCGUGCCCUACUGCUCGGUCACUUGUUUCCAGAAGCACAAAGAGCAGUGCAACCCGGAAGUCCGUCCUGUUGAGAACAGAAGAACAGUGGCUCCUGUAAAUACAGAGCCUGAGGACAACAAAGAUGAUGAUGAGUCUGUAGCUGAUUUUCUCAACAGUGAUGAGGAAGAAGACAGAGUGUCUCUGCAGAGUUUAAAGAACUUAGGAACGUAGGCCCUACACAGGCAGAAAUUAUACAACGAGUGGCUGAGGAGAUGGACAGGUGCCAUCCCUUUGCCUUCUGCGUGGACUGCCACAGACAGUUCUCCUCAGCCCUACCUCCCUCUGUCUGGCCCAAGUUCUGAGUGCCACCAGGCUCUGGCCCUACCGCAAUGUGGCUGGCUGACUUACCGGAUGGGAAAGCCGGCAGCACUGAUGUGGAUGGUCUCUACAAGGCCACAGGCCUCCAACUGACUCAGGACCUGCAAGGGUGGGAGACAGAGCAAGCAUCUACAAGCUAGAAAAGCUAUUUCUUUUGUACAUCUCUGGUCCUGAACUCCAAUGACAGGCAGGGUUGGCUGACAGAGAUGUCUGUCUCCAUGGGACCAUGAGAAACCAAGGGGGCUGAAGAUCUCCCUGCUAGAAGAGGUCCUGGUGGAGCCGCAAAGGCCCUGUCUGGUACCUGGCUCCUGCUACAGCUAAGGUCUGCAAUGGUCCUGGCUGUCUGUCACCUGUCCAGGGCGGAUACCACUUCACAAUACAGAACUAUUUAUUCUCUUCCGGCGUCAGAGCCGCUCAAGCAAGGAAGGUUAUACUGCGAAGAGUCUUGCUUGAUUUGAACCCAGAACUUUACCACACAGCCAAGUUCUCUUGGCUACACAGCCACAUUUACCAGGUGACUGUUGGACAUUCUUCAGUGCGGUCCAGCACUCACACAUCAUCUAUACCCCCUCAGAACCUGAAACCUUGAGGAAUGAUUUUGUGUAAACUAAAAUGAGAUUAACAAUCCAGGGACAGCCGUACUGCAUAGACUGUAGAGAUGUUAAAUCACAAAAUACCCAUUGCCCCGAGCAGGUUCUGUCUCUUGUCAGAGAUAGGAUAGGUGAGCAGGGAGCAUGAUGUUCUAGAGUCCCCAUGUGCCACCUUGGCGAGGCCUUGGUGCAGUGUACAGAACAUACGACACAUGCUCGCCCAGCCAGAGCAUGGGAAAUAAGCCCUCCUUAAUGUCAGGCCCAGCCUCACAGACUGCCUGUGAUCACUCCAUCUGGAGACGCUCUCCCUUUAGGCCUUGCCAGAUGGGGUUUGAUGCUAGGCAGCUGUAACUCAGGAUUAGUUACCUCUUCCUGGAGGAAGGUCUGCGGCUGAUUCUGGCUGUUGGGCUUGAUACAGCGAAUGUAGUGGGGUGUUGUGCUAUGUAGGACCUGAAGGAGCUGUUCCAGUGAGGCCUGUAGACGGAGAAAUCUGGGGUAAGGCAGGAUUGGGGCAGCUAUGGGUCAUAAGCUGAAUUCCGGUUAGUGAGUAGAUUAUGUCCUUGGUGGCCCUCCCAGCCUUGAGAACAGGACCCACAUAUGCCCUGGGCACUAUUAGAAAUUCCCCUCUCCCAUCCUGGGACUCUGUGUAACAGCCCUGGCUGUCCUAGAACUUGCAUUGUCUAUCAGGCUGGCCUCAAACUCACAGAGAUCCACCUGCCUCUGCCUCCUGAGUGCUGGGACUAGAGGUGUGCGCCACCACCGCCACCAGGUGGCUUGAAAGUUUUUAAAGAACACGUGC